GCCCGAAAGAGCCCGUUAUGCCGAACCUCAUGCGGCCCGAUUCCCAUCAACUAUCCUUUCGGCAUAGACAACGGCUGUGGCAGCCCAUACUACCAAAACCUCCUCAUCUGCACUGACUCGGCCCAACUUCAGCUCCGGACUCCAUCCGGCAUAUACCCAGUCCAUAACAUAAGCUACACGGACCCACACCUCAUUGUCACAGACCCAUACAUGUGGGCCUGCGGAGACGGGCUGGAUUCUCGGCCCGUCGGGCCAUUCAGCCUCGACACCAGCACCCGCCUCAGGCUUUCUCGGGAAAACGACUAUCUAUUUUUCAAUUGCAGCGAGAGGGACGUGAUCAUGGAGCCGAAGCCCGUGUUUUGCAACCGUUUUCCCGAGCAGUGUGACUCCACGAAUUUGCCAGGUUGUGCAUCGGCAUUGCGCGGGAGCACGUGCUGCUCGUAUUAUCCAAAGGGGAGUGAGUCUAUAAGAAUGAUGAUGAGGCAUUGCUCGAGCUAUACAAGUGUUUAUUGGAGGAAUCUUGGAACGAGGCCGGAUUUUGAUCAGAUUCCAGAGUAUGGGAUUCGGGUAGAAUUUGAGAUUCCUGUCACGACACGUUGUCUCUUGUGUCAGGACAGAUUGAAAGGAGGCGGGACGUGCGGUUUCGACACUCGGACACAGGACUUCUUAGGUGAGCAUAAUAGGCCAGCAGUGGUGGCAGGUACAGUUAGUGCAGUUUCAGUUGUGGGGGUAUUUGCAGGGGCAGGGAUUUGGUAUGUGAGGAAGAUGAGAGCAAAAUCCCCAGUGACACAUGGAGUUCAAACCAAUGACAACAGACUCUUUUGAUCCAAGCUAUGAAUCUUUGGACUGGCUUUCAUCUUUUUCUGGCCUUUUUUAUUUACACUUGUUUUGUAAUUUGCG